CAAACCUCCUCUACAAACCACAGACGAAGAACACGACGUCUGAUGCGCACCCUCCGCCAAUAUGAAGGCACUCGGGGCAGUUUCUGCCUUUGAUUUUAAAGAAUAAGCCUUGUUAAUUCUACAAGUGCUGAAUCCACUAACGGGACUAAAGUAGAUGCGACACCGAAUCAAUAUCCUGGUCCUGCAGAAUGUCCAAGAUCAGGCGGAAGGUAACAGUGGAGAAUUCAAAAACCAUAUCUGACAGCAGCAGCAGCACCACAACCAGCAGCACCAGCAACCCCACCGCCCCCUCCCGCAGGCCCAGUGUUUUCGAAAGACUUGGCCCCAGCACUGGGAGUAAUGCUGCUGAUAGUCACUGUAGAAAUUGGUUGAAGACCGGUAAUUGCAGUUACGGCAACACUUGUCGCUACACACAUGGAAGUCAGCCACGAGGCAAGGGAUUUAGCUUCAGUCGGUCAACCGAGAGACCCACAGGUGAUCUGCGGGAGAGGAUGAAGAAUAAAAGACAGGAUGUUGAGCCAGAAAUCCUGAAGCGAGACCUAGACGAGCCCACAUCCCCAACAGCAAGACAGCGAGACUCCUCCAGAGGCCGACACAGGGAGAAGGAGGACAUAAAGAUCACAAAGGAGCGCACACCAGCCAGUGAAGAAGAGCCCGCAGAGUGGGAAACCAAUCGUGAAGACUCAGAUAUCGGUGACUACGACUACGAGUUAUCCCUAGAGAUGAAGCGCCAGAAGAUUCAACGUGAGCUGAUGAAACUGGAGCAGGAGAACCUGGAAAAGAGGGAGGAUAUUGUCAUCAAGAAAGAUGAGACCCCCAUCAAAACAAGAACCACCUCCUUGCCGAAGGCCUCACCAGAGCAGUUAAGCUCUAAAGAUUCACCGUCAUCCAGGAAGUCCAGUGGCUCCCCGAAACACAAAAGUGGAGCCAAAGGGCCAGGCUCUGGGAAGAAAGAGAAGAAGGCGUCCAUACCCUCACCUGUUUCAGAAUCUGCCAGGACUUCAAAAGGGAGCCAUAGUAAAAAGAAAGGGCCCCGUACCCCCAGUCCUCCUCCCCCAGUCCCCCUGGACAUUCCUGUGAUCGGGAAGAAACACAAAGGCAAGCACAAAAACAAGGAGAAGUCUGAGGAAAAGCAAAAGGAAGGGAAAGAUCGGGGACGAGAUACAGAAAAACACAAAGAGAAGAAGGAAAAACGCAGGGACCGAUCAGACAGUUCCCACAAAGCCAAGCGGUCGGUCACAUCAGAGGAGCGCUCUGGUAGUGUGUCGUCUCCUUCCAGAGGUGCUUCGCCCUCAGUCCGGAAGAAAUCCACCUCUCCUAAAGCUUCGUCCCACAAAACCUCUGCACUGGCCUCCCCGCCUCGCAGGUCUCCCUCUCCUCCACGCCACCACCGUAGCCCCACUCCUUCCCGCCACCACUCCCCUUCCUCCCACUCUGGCUCCUCUGCCCAGCGACACUCUCCCUCUCCUCGUCGGCGUCGCUCGUCCUCUCCCGCCUACCACCGCAGCACUGCAGCAGCCUCCGCCUCCUCACCUCAGAGCUCCAGGCGCUCCCGAUCGCCCCCAGCCUCCCAUGACACCUCUUCGCCCCACCGCCGAUCGGACAGAUCGAGCCCCAGCCGGCACCACUCCAGGGGCCGCGAGAGGAGUCGGGGUGAUAGAGACAGGAGUCCGCCUGUCCAAGAGCGCAGACAUGAGCGUAGAGAUGAUAGCCGAAGCAAGCGAGAGAAAGACAGUGUCCGUGACGACCGGGACUAUGACUCUGAACAGCACUCAUCACGAGACGCUCGCGACGACAGGGAGACCAGAGAGGCUCGUGAGCGUCGGGACGCUCGCGACAGAGGAAGGGAAACAACCAGAGACUCUCGCGACCACAGAGACAACAGGGACAUAAAGGACUCCAGAGAGAGCAGGACAGAGACCCGGUCCAGUCGAGAGUCCCUGGAGCGGCGGGACCGCGAAAGGGAACGAGAGAGGGAACGGGAGAAGGAGAGAGAGAAGGACAGAGAGCGAGAGAAGGAGCGAGAGAGGGAGAGGACUGACACCCACAGGAAGGAGGAUACGGCUCAGGACGACAGGAGUUAUGGGAGAGGUCAUGGGCGUGAUGAUGGAGGGAGAGCUGAAGGGAGGGCAGAGAACAGGACAGACAGAGCUGAGAGGAAUGGACGAGGGAGAGGGCGUGCUAAUGAAACAUCUGAUAAAGGCUCAAACAGAAACUCCCGGGGUUCCCAACUGGAAAGCACCCAUGACAACUGGGAGUCACGGAGCAGUGCGGUGCGCGAGCGGAGUGUGGAGAGGAGCACGGAUCGCAGCGCUACCGAAAGAAGCUCUGAGAGGGGUUCAGACCGAGAUCGCUAUGACGGUGACAGAAGAGGAGAGCAGGCCCGGGACUCUUCUUAUGACAGGAGAGGAGGGCAUGGAGAGCGGGAUCGCAGAGACAACCGAGAGAGAGAUCAAAGAGUGGCUUCCCCAAACAGACACCAGGGGAGAUCAGAGGAGUCUGAGCGGGAGGACAGGAGAGAGGAGCGCAGGACAGAUAGAGUGGAGGAGAGACGGGACGACCGGACACGCGACCGGGAGCGAGAGAGAGAAAGGGAGAGGGACCGGGAGCGGGAGAGAGAGAAAGAAAAGGACAGAGAGCGGGAGAGGGAGAGGGAGGCUGCUGAGAGGGAGCGGGCCAGGGAAAGAGAACGGGAGCGGGAACGAGAGAGGGAGAGAGAGCGGGAGAGGGAGCGGGAGAGAGAAAGGGAGCGCGAGGAGCGGGAGAGAGAGAGGGAGCGGAAGGAGCGAGAACGGGAGAGGGAGCGAGAGAGGGAGCAGCGGGAGCGGGAGAGGCAGCGGGAAUGGGAGGAGAGAGAGAGAGGAAGGGAGGAGAGGCGGGAGAGGAGAGAGGACCCCAGGGAAGAUCGGUCUGUUCGAGACACCCGAGACGAUCGCAAGACAAGUCGUAAAAGGCCCAGGGUGGAGAGCAGCCCGAGCCCCCGUCCCUCGCCUAAGCGAUCAACACGGGACCUCAGUCCGGCGGACAGCGAUGGCUACAACAGUGCAGAAGACAAAUGCGGCGACAAACAUCGUCUGCUGAGCCAAGUGGUGCGGCCCCAGGAGCCCUUGUUGCGUUCUCCACCGAGGGCUGCUCCAUCUGAUGACAAGCUCAGUCACUGGAAGGAUGAGGAGCGCAGAGGAGCCGUCGAGAAAAGGGAAGCACGCAGCCGCCACGAGGACCUAGAGCCUCAACGGGAACGUGGCAGAGUAGGCGACAGACGAGGAGACCAUCUUUCAGACACCCCGUCUGACUCCCGUAGCAGAGGCAGAGACCAGCGAGAAUCCACGCCGCCGCCCCCUCCUCCUUCAGCCCUCACCACUGGCAGCGAAGACAGAGACACUGCUGGCUCGCAGUCCCAUGAGGAGGGCAAAAAGAAGACAAAGUCACAGAGGAAGGGGCUGAAGAAGGGUCGCAAAGAUGAGGAGAUUAGCGGUGCCAACAGCCUGGCUGCUGUAGGGGACCGUUUCAACCUCGAGCCCCCGACUGGUGCUUCUGCAGAUGGACCACCACCCUUGCACUCUCCCAGGAAAGUAGCAAAGAAGAAAGCACUUGACCGAAAAAGAAAACGGUCCCGAGGUGGAGAAUCUGAUGUAUCUGAGGAGGAUCAGCCACAUAGUAAGAGGAAAAGAGGUCCCCGGACCCCACCACCUUCGUUGAGGCCUGAUCACCGCGGUACUGGAGGUAAUGCAGAGCCUUCUCCUCUGUCCAAAAUGGACAACUUCAGUGACUGGUCAGAUGAGGAGGUCACAGUCCGAGGAGGAGGACCACUGGAAACGCAAGCUCCCCUGGCUCCCGCUGAGCCUCUUAGGAGAGCUGGUGGUCCCAGGGUGGGCAGGGACAGAGAGAGGUGCAACCCCCCACCCAUUGCCCCUCUACUCUCCCAGGAUCCUCCAAUGCUGCUGCAGACUCUGACUCCACAGCCCCUCAUGUCCCAGCCCCUGCUGCAUCCUCAGACCCACAGCCAUGGGAGCAACCAGAGCCGCACAUCAUCCCGACGCCUGCCCCAACCGACCCCCAGGUCAGGGUCGCAAGACUACAGGCACCGGACCGGACGAGAGAGGGAAAGAGAACGAGAGAGGGAACGGGAGAGAGAGCGGGAGAGGGAAAGGCCGGUUGUAAAUGACCCUCCUGGGGCUGAGAGGAAAUCUCGAAUUGACCAGUUGAGGAGAGGAGAGCCCAGCCGUAGCACCUCAUCAGACCGGCAGGAUUCUCGCAGCCACAGCUCCAGACGCAGCUCUCCUGACUCCGAGAGGCAGACCAGGUCCAGGUCCCGCGCCGGCUCCUACGACAGUCGGGAACGGGAGAGAGAGAGGGAGCCGUUUGAACGGGAACGAGACCGAAAGGACCUCCGGCCUCAGCAGCAGCAACAGCAGCAGCAGCCCCUGCUCCUCCAACAGCCCCUCCAACAACAAAGAGACUGGGAGCCUGAACCUAGGGACUGGCCUAGCAGGGGACGAGAGCCUCUGCUCAUGCGUCCCAGCCGUGAACCUCUCCUUAGGGAGCGGGACAUCAGGGACAGGGAACGCUUACUCCCCGAAGGACUCAUUCAGCAGCAUGAACGGGAGCGGGAAAGGGAGCGAGAGAGGGAGAGGGAGAGAGACAGUAGAGGUGAAAGAGGCGGCGAUCGCGAGAGGGAGAGGAUAAUGAUGAUGAUGGACCUACCACCCCACGGGGACCCCAGGGCUCCAGGACGAGGGGACCUGAGAGGGGAAAUGAGAGGAGACCCUCGAGGGGACAUGAUGAGGCAGGACAGGAACGACUAUGAGCCUCUGCUGCCAAGAGAAGCCUUCAGCCCUCCAGAGCCAGAGAAAGGGAGCAACAGUCACCAUCUCAUGGGAGAGCAACGGGAACGGGAGCUGGAGAAGGCGGACAGCAUCGACGGAGACGAUGAUGUUAAAGAGGAUGAUGGCCAGUCAGUCGCAUCUGUUGGAGAGGAGUAUGAACCAAUCAGUGACGACGAGCUGGAUGAAAUUCUGGCUGAUAGCCAGAAAAAAGAAGAUCAGCAGGACGAUGAGAAAAUUACAGGUCCUGUGGAUGUGAUCGAUGUGGACUGGUCCAGCCUGAUGCCCAAGCAGAAGCAGGAACCCCGGGCAGCAGGGGCAGCAUUGCUCCGGUUCACCCCAGGGGCUGUACUUCUCAGGGCUGGAAUCUCCAAGCGACUUGCUGGGCCUGAGCUCCUGGAGCAAGUCAGAGAGGUGUGCAAGUCUGAGCUGGAUGACCCUAAAGAUGCUGACAAGCUGUUUGAGCAUGACCUUGGGGCCCUGAACAUGGCGGCCCUGAACAGGCGGGUGGAGAGGGCAGGAUUACUGAGCAACCUUGGGCCCUGCUGCAAGGGCCUGUGUGCCCGCAGGGACUUUGCCAUCCGCAGGCAGCUGUUAAAAAAUGACAAGGGCCUAACCAAGCAGUAUCCCACUACACCCGUAGUAGACAACGAGCUGCUGCAGAUGAGCAUGCGUCUCUUCAGAAGGACCGUGGCUGGCCAGGCUUCGGCCCCAGAGAGGUCCGACAGUGGGCCGGCGACAGCAGCCGAAGUUGCUGCAGCUGGUAGUAGUAAGCUCGGCACAGCACAGCCCGAGGUGUGUGUGUCCUGAGAGAAAUGGGCUUAGUGAGUAAAAGACAUGCAGGUGAAUGCUUCUAAGCCUUCACUUCUUCUAGCCUCUAACUACCCAUCUCUCUCUUUCCCAUUUCAUUUACAUAAAUAGCCUUUUUAGACACAUGAGGAAAUAAAGAAAAACAGCAAAAUUGUGAAUUUCUCAGAGUUGCUUUACAUGUUUUGGAUAAGCUGCAAGUGGUGUGCCAUAGACUACCGGACAUUAUAGUCUAUGGAGGUUUGUAAUGAACCAUGUAUGAGAAACGUAAAACAUCUAAAAUGACUUCAUGUUUUUUUUUUGGUGCAUAACAGUGUUUUAGAACAGCUUUUUAAUUGUCUGUUUCACCUGCCUAACCAAGUUCAUAUGAAUGUUUUGUUUUCAUAUAUUGUGCAUUGGUUACUACGACUGUGCAUUAAAAUGGUUAGAUGUUGA